CUGAGCGCGCACACAAGCGGAACAUCACUGUGGGGACAGCUGUAACCAGACGCGUAGUUCGUAGUAGGAGUCCGGGUUAUGAACGGAAGAAACCCCCCUCUAAAUCAGAAACCUGUUUUUAUUUUCCUUUUUUUUUCAGCUUCCACUGGUCCACUUGGUCUCAUUCACGACUUCUAAAUAAUUCCAACUGAAAAUGAGAAUUUUAGAAAAGUGUACGAAUUUUUUUUCUUACUUUUGCGUCUCAGCAACUCGAAUUAGACCUAAUAAGGGUUCAUUAUCAUUGAUGUUUCGCUCGAAUAUGGCUCAUCUCUGGGUCCAGUAAGAGAAUCCCACAGCGCCAGACGCGUCUGCGGCGGUGAAGACAAGUGGAGGGACUGGAAAACUUGCCUCUCUCCCUCUCUUUAAAGCGGAGCUAUAACAGGACAAAAGGAGCACCAUGGAGAGCUCCCUCAUGCUGCUGCUCUGCUGGACGGUGGUUUCAGGUGUGGCGAGAGCUCAGAAUGAUACGGAGCCGAUCGUCCUGGAGGGGAAAUGCCUGGUGGUGUGUGACUCCAACCCGGCUACGGACUGGAGAUCCUCAUCCUCCCCGCUCGGCAUCUCCGUGCGCGCCGCCAACUCCAAGGUUGCUUUCUCUGCAGUCCGAAGCAACAAUCAUGAACCGUCAGAAAUGAGCAACAAAACUAGAAUAAUCUACUUUGAUCAGGUGCUUGUCAAUAUAGGAAAUUACUUCACAUUUGAGUCUGUAUUUCUUUCUCCAAGAAAAGGAGUCUACAGUUUUAACUUCCACGUGAUUAAAGUCUACCAGAGCCAAACUAUACAGGUGAACUUGAUGCUAAAUGGAAAACCGGUCAUCUCUGCCUUUGCUGGCGACAAAGAUGUGACUCGUGAAGCUGCCACCAAUGGAGUUCUGCUUUUUCUCGAAAAAGAGGACAAAGUUUACCUUAAGCUGGAAAAAGGAAACCUAGUGGGCGGAUGGCAAUACUCAACAUUCUCUGGCUUUCUGGUUUUCCCUCUGUAAAAAGAAAAAAAAAGGAAAGACUAUUGUAAGUCUGCUGACUUAUUCAUAAUGUGUUUUCACAGUAUAAUCGAAACAUUUGCUGCUUCAUCUGCUGGAUUCAGCCUAAUGACUUACAAAAGACAAGAAUAAAUACAUCAAUACAUAGGAGGGAAGUAAGACUUUGGAAACUGAUCACAUUCUGGGGAGGAGUCUAGAUCUGAUUAAAGAAACCUGAAAUGUUUCCAAGCUCUACCAUGUUUUCCUGUCACUCAAGCAGCCCCAGAAGAACACUUUCACCAACAAGAAGCACCGUUCAAACUUUGAUUUGCUGAAUUUUGCCUUGGAUGCUGUGACUUUUUUUUUCUACAGAUAAUUUGCUUUUGUUGUUGUAAACAGUAAUUGCCUUUAUUAGCUGCAUUAACUGUUGUAAACAUGUGAAGAACAGGCUCAUGUUGAGAUCAGUAACACAUGAUACUCUGUUUUCGUGUUUGUGUGACCAAGAAAUUAUUUAACACUGGGUCCAAGACAUAAAUAAACUAAGCUACUUCUUA